AGAAAUCUCAAGGAGGUUUGUGGUGGACGUGCGUCCUCCUCGUCUCUCUAAUACUCCCAAAUCACCACCAAACUAGCUAGUCCAUCCCAUUGCUCUCACCCUCCGUCUCUCUCCUCCCUUCUUCCUAUCCACUAUACUCAGUCAGAUCUCCAUUGGAGAGGGCUCUAGCUCGCUGCUCAUGCAGUGCUGCACUGGCAAUCUCGCUCUCGGUCCAAAGCUUGGCUUGAAAACCGAGUGACCUGCUACCAAGUAUAUAGCUGUAUCUACCGAUCGCUGCCAUCGAUCGUCAAGCCAGCUGAGAUUUAUCUAGAGUGCUUUUUCAUAGGGAGAUUACUCCCGAGCAAUUUGUUCCUCAUCUCUGCCGAUCUUGCGAGCUACGUACGCCGAGUCUGGGAUGCUCGAGGUGGCCUCGCUGCAAAGCCCUAAUCAGGCUGUCUUCGGCCUCGGCGACCACCACCACCAUGUGGACGUCGGGUUCCCGGACGGCGUCGACGACGACUUCCUGCUGGACUACAUCGACUUCAGCACCUGCGACGUGCCUUUCUUCCACGUCGACGACGACGGGGACAUCCUCCCGGACCUCGAGGUCGACCCGACCGAGCUCCUCGCCGAGUUCGCCGACGAGCCGGCGACGCCGACGACGGUGCUGAACCCCGCGGCAGAGGGCUGCGGAGCACACCAUAACGCCGACGAGGAGAAAACGGAUUUACCGGCAGCGACGGACAUGGAAUUACCAGAAGGGAAGGUCGAGAGCGAGACCAAGGGGCUGGAGGAGAAAGACGUGAAGCACAUCAGCACGAGCAACAGCGUAGCAGCGGACGAGGUUCGGAGCGCGGUGACGACGGACGAUUCCUCGGCAGCGGCUGGGUCCGACGCCAAGUCGUGUGCCUCGGCGGAGGGGCACAGCAAGCGGACGUCGAAGCCAGCGUCGGCGGCGUCAGCCAAGAGCUCCCACGGCAGGCGGAAGGUGAAGGUGGACUGGACGCCGGAGCUGCACCGGCGGUUCGUGCAGGCGGUGGAGCAGCUGGGCCUGGACAAGGCGGUGCCGUCGCGUAUCCUGGAGCUGAUGGGCAACGAGUACCGCCUCACGCGCCACAACAUCGCCAGCCACCUCCAGAAGUACCGGUCGCACAGGAAGCACCUGAUGGCUCGGGAGGCGGAGGCGGCGAGCUGGACGCAGAAGCGGCAGAUGUACGCGGCUGCCGGCGGGCCGAGGAAGGACGUAGCGGCGGGAGGCGCCCCGUGGGUGGUGCCAACCAUCGGGUUCCCACCUCCGGGAGCGAUGCCGCCCGCCCACGCUGCCGCGGCGAUGGUGCACCAUCCCGGGCACCCGCCGCCGUUCUGCCGGCCACUGCACGUGUGGGGUCACCCCACCGGCGUCGACGCGCCGCCGCCGCAGCCACCGUCCAUGCUGCCCGUCUGGCCGCGUCACCUGGCGCCGCCGCCGGCAUGGGCCCACCAGCCGCCGGUGGACCCGGCGUACUGGCACCAGCAGUACAACGCUGCGAGGAAAUGGGGCCCACAGGCGAUGACACAGGGAACGCCCUGCGCUCCGCCGCCGAUGCCUCCGGCUGCCAUGUUGCAGAGGUUUGCUGCGCCGCCGAUGCCGGGGAUGAUGCCGCAUCCCAUGUACACACCGAUUCUGCCACCGCCGCCUACACCGGCGCCGCAGAGCAAUAAGGUCGCCGGCUUACAGCUUCAGCUCGACGCCCACCCCUCCAAGGAGAGCAUCGACGCAGCCAUCGGAGACGUUUUAGUGAAGCCAUGGCUGCCGCUCCCCCUCGGGCUGAAGCCCCCGUCGCUGGACAGCGUCAUGUCGGAGCUGCACAAGCAAGGCAUACCCAAGAUACCACCGGCGGCGGCGGCGAAGACGAGCAGCGCCGCCGCCAGCUGAGUACGCGCGCGCCCGAGCUCCCCUCCUCUCAACUCGUCGACAACUCGUCCGUCUGCACGUCCGUACAUGCGUAUGAUCGAUCCGCGUGCCGCGUGCGCGUGUAGGCUAAUUAUUAAUAGUUUUAUCAAUAAUGUAUGUAUUAUCCUGGGUGUAUGGAUAUGCACUGACAUGAUAUUGAUCUCUGGGUUUUUCCUCUCGUGUACGUGCGCGCUGUACGCCUACCUGAGAGUUGCGUGUAUAUUGUUGAGAUGGAACGACUUAUAUUAUUGGAUUGGUAAAUGAAUAACCAAGGAUGUAUGCAUGCUCA